AUGGGGGACGCCCGCGUCCAACAGGUUGCGAACCGUUCCAUUUCCUGCUUGUUUGAUAUCGUGUUUUCUCUUCGUCCUACGAUCGUUUGCUCUUUUUAUUUGAUGAUUUUGAUUUUGAUUUAUUUUUUGCUGCCGCAGGUGAUCGAGCAGUCGGUGCUGACGGUGGCGAAGGCGGUGGAGGAUAAGCUGGAUGAGGAGAUCGCGACGCUGGAAAAGCUCGACCUGGACGACCUCGAGGCGCUCCGGGAGCGGCGUCUGCAGCAGCUCAAGAAGGCGGCAGAGAGGAAGAGCCGCUGGGCGGCCCUCGGGCACGGUGAAUAUACGGAGAUUGUGGAGAAGGACUUCUUUGCUGCCGUCAAAGCCAGCGAACGCGUUGUCUGCCACUUCUACCGAGAAAACUGGCCCUGUAAGGUACGCUCCUCUAUUGGAGAAGGGGAAAACAGUCGUGCAUCGAUCAGAUUAAAUGUCCCUAUUGUUGCAUUUAUAAAUGUAGCUAAAAAUCUGGCCGGAAAAAUGUGGGAGGAUUCGUGAAAUGUGCAGCGUGGUAAGGUUAUACUGUUGAGAUUAGUGUCAGAUUUGUUUGGUUAAUAUUGAAUUGGCCGAAUUCAAUGUAGCAGAUGGCAUGGAUACAGAGCGUUAUUACAUGUACAGCCUAAAAGUGCCAUGCUAUGAAAAUUAUCUUCUUCUAUACUUAAGUACCAUGGGACUCUCAUCCUGGUUGAUCGUGAAUGAAGUAAUUUGCGACAUAUUCAAGCGACCAAUUAUGAUAAUAAGCAUACUUAUGCUCAGUGCUCAGCACAUUAAUAAUUUAUUCAUGCGAAAUAUUUGUUGAAGCUCCCCCAGAUAAAUGUUAGAUGUUGUUUGACUUGAUUAUGAAGUCUCCAUCGAACUUGUAUCUUACCAUGUGAAUGAAACAAACUGUGUUCAUGGAUGUCUAGUUGAAAAUUCGAUCCUUAUUCAGUAAGCAAUAUUUUCAGGAUUCUUUAUGAGAUUAAACCAUCUCAUUUUACACUUGAAAAACGGGCGCGGUAUACCUUCUAGAUGCAUUCUAUUGUUCUGGAUAAAUUAGGUCGUAAUGUUUUCUGAAGGGCCAUCGAAUCGUUCCACUUCUCUUUCCGGAGAGAAGUGGAACGAUUUAUGAUGAAAAUAUUGCCGCUCCAGAUAGAGCUGAAUAUUUGUUGUUAAGGAAGAUAAUUCUUUGCGAAUUAUUUUAUUAAAGCCUAGGUUUCCUUUUGACGUGCAAUUAUUUCUUAGUUUUUUCAUCCCCUGGCAGAACGUCUAUAGCGAAUGAAAGAUUGCUGGCAGGGGGUUUCUUGUUUAACAGAAGCUGCUAAAUGAAUGUUUGGAGUAUUACUUAACUGAUGCGUUAGUGUCUACAUCAGUGGGACAGAAAUGAAAUCAUCAUAAACCAUGCUAAUCAAGAAUCCCUAAUCUGAUCAAAUGCUUGUAGUUCUGAGAUGGGUUCAUAUCUCGCUGUCUCAGCCAGUGCAAUCCUAUCUGUCUUAAGAAAUCACCCUCAUGUUACCUGUUGCCCAUCCUGCCCACCCACGUCUUGCAGAUCCAUAGCUCUUGUAAGCAUUCCACCAUUCAUAUGCCAGGAAUUCGAACAGACAAGAACAAAAUUGUUGUUCUAAUUCAUGUUGUGCUAUAGAAAAAAGUAAGAAGGAUAGAGACAAAUGUCUUAUCUAAACUGAAGAGAAAUUGGAAAGUAGACGACCUUUAUUUGACAUAAUAACCUGUCAUGUCCAGGUCAUGGACAAGCACCUCAGUCUUCUCGCUAAGCAACACAUGGAGACCCGCUUCCUGAAGAUCCAUGCUGAGAAGAGUCCUUUCUUGACUGAGAAACUCAAAAUCGUUGUGCUACCAACUCUUGCUCUGAUCAAGAACGCCAAGGUCGACGAUUAUGUGGUAAGGAGAGAUGGGAAGAACACCACACUAAACGUUCUUAUAUUCAUCUGGCUCUGUGUACUGGGAAUGAAUAGUCUGACUGCAAUCCUUGAAUGUGGGCUGCAGGUCGGCUUCGAUGAGCUUGGCGGGAGCGAUGAGUUCAGCAUGGAGGAGCUGGAAGAGAGGCUGGCUAAGUCCCAAGUCAUCGCUCUCGAGGGUGAGUCAUCGUUCAAGGCUGGUGGUGUGAGGCAACCACAGAGGAGCGUCCGACAGUCGGAAAAUUACUCAUCAGAUUCAGACUAA